ACAUUAUCUUUAUCAAUUCACAUAAUUUCAUCUAAAAUACCAUAUUUGUACGAUACCUGAGAGAACUCAUAAAUUCGGUGUAAUAAACAUAGAAACUAAUCGGUGGGUACUGAAAUAAUAAUGUUUAGCUUGGUCAACUUGAUCAUCAUUCAUGUUUAGGUCCGUCCGCAAGCGAAAUUCAUCAACAUUUAAUCUUCGGAGAGCUUUUUGGACACCAAGCAUUUCCCCUGCGAGCUGGAACAUUUUGGUAGUGAACGAAUCAUCAUCACUUGCUUGAGUGGUGUUCAACAAAUUUACAAGAUUACAAGUGUGUGAGUAAAUCUGACGAAGUCGGUCAAGAAAUAUUGCCGCGUUUGAUGAACUGUCAUCUACAGUAUCUUUAGAUCUGGAGUACGUCUCAUUGAGUAAUUUCAAAUCUGAAGAAUGUGAAGUAGUAAAGAUUACAAACUCAAAAGCACAUAUUAAACAUAAUAGAUUGUUCAUGUUAAAUAGCUUAACAUCAAUAAACAUUGUCAAGGCGCCUACAUGGUUUAAUAAAUAAUUUGUAUUAAAAAGAUAACUUAUGUGAUUUAAUGAAUAGACUGAUUGCUGUAAAUAGUGUAAAGCAUUGUAAUUUUAAAUAACACUAAAAAAAACCAUUAAGCCAAAAGGCAAAUAUGGAACAGAAAUAAAUACUUUAUUUUACAAAAGUGAAUUUAAAUAAUUAUAGAAAAAUAAAAGAUUUAUUCAAUUUAAUAACUGUAAAAAUUAAUAUUUAAGACAAUAUAUUGUAAAUUAGACACUGAUUAUAAAACUAAACUACUUAUCUCUAUAUUUAUUUUAUAGAGAUAAAACAAAAAUAGCAGUGAUUAAUUCUGAUAUACCAGUAUGUGAUUUUUGUACCUGCUGUUUGAUUUCAGAGCUGUAUUUUAUGAUUCACAGUUAUGUUCAGUUGCCUGAUGCUGUGCCAGAGCAUCAUUUCGUGUCAUGGAAUAUUUACAGCACCGAAACAUCACGAGUCACCUUACAUGGAAAAGAAAUACACAAUUGCUUUUAACGGCACUUCAACUAAUGAAACUUAUUUGGAGAAACUUACAAGUCUGAACGAGUUGGCCCACGGUCUAGUGGAUAAUUUUGAUAAUAGAACAUUAGACACGAGCAGUCUGUCCGAGCUGGAGGCUCUCCAGAGUGACAUGAACUUGCUUCAUGUUAGGUUGGAAGAUCUACAUCAGAUGGAGAUGAAUGGGACUGACCACUCACAGACUUCGCCAGAUCACACUGAACAACUUUACUUGGACACUAUAAACACUAUAAUUAAGUUUAAUGAAAUUGUGUCCAAGUUAUUAUGAAACAAAAACAUCAAACAAGUUUAAAAGUGCGGUAACAGAAGAGAGGUUAAAAUGUUGAUAUUUGUAUUAAUUUUAUUCUCUGCAAAUAUAAACAUGGCUUUCACAUCCAAGGAUACACAGAUAACAUCAAAAAUUACAGAACUGGAUACUGGAAUUUCACAUGGUUUAAAAGAACCAGAGAAGGGAGGAGCGAAGAUUGUCAUACAAGACAUCAGGUUAUUCAAUUCGUUGUAUCGCAAAGUUAUAAAAGCCGUGCUAUCAAGUAAGGAACAUGAACUGCACAACAAGAAGGUUCAGCUAGCGGAGAUAGUGGUCAAGUCUCAUCCUCACUUUAUCAAACUACAAGUAGAUGAGGAGAGGUUGGUCCGUGAGGGGAGGUGGGGUGAGGCAGAUCUCAAAUCAUUGAAACAUUUAUUUAGUGAAGCUCAAGAACUGAAGAGCAAGCUAGAAAGCUUCCUGAGGAAGCAUAAAAGGACUUUGUAGUUUUGUGUAUCUCACCUGAAUAGAGGUACGGUAUUGAAAUUAGAAUACUAAGCUGAUUUCAAAGAAUACUGCUUUUGUUUGAACUAAUUUACCAAUAUAAAAAAUAUACAUACUUUAAUCAAUA